AUGGAUUCGGCAAUUGUCUUAGAUGAUGACCUUGCACAAGCCUUCACGCAUCGCUCGGAACAGGACCUGUUUCUCGCCUCUGAUAUCAAUAGCCUUGAUCUGGAGGAGAAUAUUCUUAACACUUCUGAAUCAAUUGAACAGAGCAAUUGGUACACGUCACAAUCGGACUUCUUUAUAGCGUCGUCGGAAUCAGCUGCGUCAUCGACCUCAAACCACCAACGGAGACGUCGAAGGAAAAAGUUAGCACCAUACAAGACCCGUAGAGCGAAUCCGGAGAAAAGAAGAUAUCAAUGCACAUUCUGUACAGAUGUCUUCAAGACAAAGCACGACUGGCAGCGGCACGAAAGGUCGCUUCACCUGAGUCUCGACGAGUGGCGUUGUUCUCGAUUUGGCCCUGUGUUUCUAGAUAUUGAUGGGACUUAUUGUUGUGUCUUCUGCGGCGACCAGAGCCCAACGGACGCCCACCUCGAAAGACACAGUUAUUCAAGCUGUGCUGCAAGACCUGUGGCAGAUCGUGUCUUCUUCCGCAAAGACCACCUACUCCAACACUUGCGCGCGGUGCAUAAUGGCUGUAAAUUCAACGACCGCAUGAUGAAUUGGAUCAGCACGAUAGAUACCGUGCAUUCCAGGUGUGGUUUCUGCGACCUACAGAUGACGACGUGGGCCGAGAGGGAAAAGCACCUGGCCGAACACUUCAAGAGCGGAUCGGACAUGAAGGACUGGACUGGCGAUCGCGGGUUCGAUGCCACGAUAGAGAAUCUCGUGCGGGACGACAUUCCGCCUUACAUGAUCGCCCAACAGCGUGAGACGAUGGAUCCUUUCUCGGCUUCACGAUCAUAUCACUGCAUUGGCCAGAAAAUUACGGAUGUAGCUGACCAAGAAAGCCCGGCGCUCAGUUCAGAUCUGGCUCAUAAUGUUCACUCGCAUCGUCAUAUCGAGCAUCUGCUGCUCGCACACGUCUCACGAGAGAUCUGUCAAGGCCGCGUCCCGUCGGACUCCCAGAUACGGAAGCAGAUGGGGAUUUUGAUGUAUGGACCUGAUCACGACGACUGGGAACAGACGUGGGCAGAUAACGAACAGUGGCUCACGCAAUUCAGGAAGAAGGCCGGCUUGAUUAGCUUGCCUUUGAGCGACGGAAGGAACGCCUUUGUUGGAUAUGACACUUCGUAG